CAUUUUCGAACACGUUCCUCAACGUGAUAAUGUUCCUUUUUCUUUCUGUGCCGAAAUUGACUACCAGAAAUAUUAACUGGUGGUCUGUAAUCCUUGCCAAUCGAAGAACAGACUAAAGAAUGACAGCGCCAGCCGUGGAAAAACCUACUGCUGAAGAGAACGAAGGUUCAGGGACUGAAAGUGACAGUGAUGAUGACAUUCCCGAGUUAGAGGAGGCCCAAGGUGUAAGUCAAAGUGUCAGUGAAGUAGCUGCUGCUGCUGGUGUCCCAGAAGAAUCCAUUAGCAAAGCAAGGCAAAGUCGUAGUGAGAAAAAAGCUCGUAAAGCUGUUCAGAAACUUGGCCUGAAAGCUAUCACUGGUGUAAAUCGAGUUGCAAUCCGAAAAUCAAAAAAUAUCUUAUUUGUGAUUGCAAAACCUGAUGUUUACAAAAAUCCAAAUGGUGAUACAUAUAUUGUAUUUGGUGAAGCCAAGAUUGAAGAUCUUAGUCAGACAGAACAAAUGAGGGCUGCAAAGAAAUUUGAAGCAACAGAAAAACUAAUGUCAGAAAUCAGUGAAGUGAAAGAAUCUGUUGAACAGGAAGAGAGUGAUGAUGAAGAGGUUGAUGAGUCAGGUGUAGAGUCGAAGGAUAUUGAAUUAGUAAUGCAACAAGCAAACGUAUCCCGAUCAAAGGCUGUGAAGGCUUUGAAAAACAAUGCCAACGAUAUUGUCAAUGCUAUAAUGGAACUAACGAUGUGACAUCGGAGACUCUCGGCAACGUGUUGGUUCAAGAUUGAAAUUCUGAACUUGCAGCGUUGUAAACAAUAUUUUAGGGAAUGCCUUUGUAAAUUUAAAAGCUACUAAUUUUUUUUUCGUAAAACGUUA